AUGGAAUGCAUCCGGGACCAGUUUGUUGGGGACGUUGUUCUUGACGGUCGGUUUCAGACAAUCUCGCCUCUUAACCACGGCUCUUUCGGUAUGGUGUUUUUGGCUCGGGACCUCUUGACGAACCAAAAAGUCGCCAUCAAGUGCAUUACGAAGCGGUCUGCUCCCUACGAUGCGGGCCUCGAGCUUGCCGUCGACGACAAAUCUGAAGAGCGCUCAUUGCACCGCAGCCUGGGGGCUCAUGCCAAUAUUGUCAACCUCCUGCAUUCUUUCGAGACGGAAGCCCACGUUUAUCUCGUCAUGGAGUUUUGCUCUCAGGGCGAUCUGUAUGAGGCGAUUCGCAACGGUCACGGUCCUCUCCAGACCGAACACGUCCGCCAGUUCAUGCUUCAGCUCGUCGAUGCUGUUGUAUAUGCUCACUCCAAGGGUGUCUACCACCGCGAUAUCAAGCCUGAAAACAUUUUCUUGACCCAGGACGGGGCGAUGAAACUUGGUGAUUUCGGACUUGCAACAACUGACAAGUGGUCGUUUGAGACGACUGUUGGCAGUGAUCGUUACAUGGCCCCAGAACAGUUUGACUCUGCCGGCGCCGGAUACUCGCCCGCCGCGGCUGAUGUUUGGGCCAUUGGCAUCUGCCUUCUCAACAUCCUCUUCUCCAGGAACCCCUUCACGACCCCAACCGAGGCUGAUCCACUGUUUUUGGACUAUUCUCGCGACAAGCAAAGCCUCUUCGACGUGUUUCCUGCAAUGUCACAGGAUACCUAUGAAGUCAUAGCCCAGUGCAUGAGCUUGGAUCCCCGAAAGCGAUCUUUGGUCGGUGCGCGAGAGGCACUUCUCCGCGUGGUCAGCUUCACGACGGAAGACGAGUCUCUCGAUGACUUCUGUGGUGCUGAAAAGGCAACCGUUGCUUCCGCCAAUCGGGAACCCCUUCGCACUCCUUCGCUACAGAGCCCCUCUGUCGAUACUGGAGCGUUCCCGUGGGCCAAGGCCUUGCACGCAAACCCUCAUCGCUACAGCCGCCAGCUGAGCGUGAUCCCGGACGAGAGCUACUCCGAGGACCUGUUUUCCAAAUCGGGGGAGACUGCGGACUGGUGCUCGGCUAGCAUCCAAACUCCGUCCAUGUCUUCGAUGAUCGGCUCGCAUCUCGGUGCAUCCAUGAAAUCCCUUGCCGCCCAGCAUUUUACCCGCCAGAGCAGGGUCUCGCCAGCCACCGAAGCACUGCCCAUCGCCGUGUCGAAGCCGCUUACCGUUUCCAUGUCGGCAGUUUUUGGUCGUGGCAAGCAAUCUGUGUCUAAGAGCUGGAGCGACAUGUGGGACGAAGACGAGGAAGAGGAGCGCGAGCAGCAGAAGAAUUCUUUCCAGAGGCUGAACUCGAGGACCUGGAGCCACGACAGCGACGACGUUCCGAAGAAGGACCAAGGGGCCGAGCUUGAGUCCUGUUCUCACGGCAUCAAGGGAGAUGUGGAUGAUGAUUUGGUAGUGGACGGCUUCUUCUUUCAGGGAGUUCAGGCGGCGGAAGAAUCAUCGACUUCCACGCCGCGUUAUUCACCUCCGUCGAAGCGAUUCAAUUAUGACAAGUGGGCCGCACUCGGCGAGCGCCGGAGGGGUCAGAGCUCCGUGUCAGGUACGGGGAAGUCUCCUAGCUCGAAGCCUCACCGACAUGUUGGUCUUGGGUAUAAAUCUUACGAAGCGGGCGUUUGGGAUCAUUCUAUCAACAAUCAUUAUCAAAACAACCAAAACAACACCAUCAGGUCCUGGGGCAAGGACGGACUCAAGGAAUGUCACUGGAACAAGGGGAGAGAUUGGAAUUGGCGUCGAGACAGGCGCCUCGAUCUGGGCGAGGUUGAGUGGGUUGGGGGGUGCUAG